AGCGAAAUGCAUUUUCCAAUCGGAAAGCUUCAGAGGAUAGAGGGCUACCUAUUUCUCCAUGGCGCUAGUCUUGCGCACUGAACUCGUUCUUCAGUCAACGCUGAACUUUUCAAAACGAACAGCAGAAUUCAAAUAAUUUCAUCAAAUCUAGCGUUGACUGAAGAUUGGUUUGAUUUUACCUAUGCUUGUAAUAAUUUGAUAGGCAUCAAACGCAUCCGAAAUCAAUCGAUAACGUCGAAUAGUAGUAUAAUUUUAUAAGUAAAUCAAAAAACAUUUCGAACAACCCCUUAGGUUGCCCAAAAAAUCGUUAAUUCCCGCUUGGUGGCUAUAUCGUUGGAGCUUGCCGUUAAAGCGGGUCGGCGUUCAUUGGCAACUGGCUGCGUUGACAUUAAUAGCUUUGGAACGCGUACGCAGGAUUUACGUUUUGAUGAGCUCUAUCAUUUAAAAAAGAAGAGUCGAAAUAAUUAGCAAGAAUGAGACCAGACUCAAGAAGUAUAUCUUUCACGUUUCAUCGGUCAGCUUUAGCUGCAAACAACAGUCUUGAUGAUCCGAAAGAAUCAAGAAAUUUACGACAAAGGCUACAGGAUCGUUUUGACCAAGAAUGCCCCUAUAAUUUAUCAAAAAAGGAUCGAAGUAUCUCCAAAGGUACUGAUGCCAAGGAGAAGUCUGAACCCUUGACUCCCGAGAAAGGAUGGAGUAAUUUGAGUCUGAGCAAUGUAUCAGCCGAUUCGAGAAGGGUGUUCAGAAACGGUGCUGAAAAACUGUCGAAGACGUUCUCUUCUGUCAGAACAACUUUCGGAACAAUUUCUCAGAAAUUCCGAAGUUCAACCCGUCGAAGACAGCGUUUGGAAGAGUGUCAUUCCCCUACAAUUUCUGCAACACCACAAACACGUUCUCGUCAUUUGUUGGGCAGGACACCGACAAAACUAUAUAGUCCCUUUGGCAUAGAGUCCCCAAGAUGUGCUUGGAGUAAUUCUGCUGAGAAAGAGAACGAUGAUUCUACUAGUAUGCACAAACUUGCCAGUAUGGAACACAAGUUACGCAAACCAUUCCAACUAACCAAGGCUAAUGGUUUUACCUCAUUCAGAUAAAUUUAUAAGACUAUUCUAUUGCGCUAUUUGCACUUACUUAUUGUUUGGUAUUUAUUAUCAAGUUCUCAAAAUUUGCGAGCAAAGAAACUUGAGUUUUAAACAAGACAUAUUGUCGAAUGCUGCGACUUUUAGAAUACAACAAGCAGAUUUAGGAGAUUUUCAGAAUUAUCGCAAGUUUGACGUACAUGUUUCAUGGAGGAUAGAUGGGAGUUGACUGAGUAAGAAUAUGAUUAUGGUAUAGUUUUACUAUAGUCAUGGAGAUUAUGUUCACAUUUUUAAUUGAAGUCAAUUAAGCUGAAUUUUGAGCGUUUCAGUUUCUUCUUUUUAAUUACUGCUAACUACUAGUUCUAAUUUCAAUUCACAGCAUCGUUGAAAUAAUAGUUAAAGUUAUUUGAAUGAUAAUGACGUGAAAAGUUCUGUUCUGUUUUGGAUUGCCAAUAAUUACUUUAGACUACUACGUAUAGAAACGACACUGCGGGCAGAUGAGAAUUCCGUACAAAGUUUCAAACCAUGUUUUAUUACAAUCAAUAUUUAAAUCGAUCAAUGAGGCAAACGAAAUUGCAUUUUGAACCAGAUACCAUGCCGGCUCCUUGCUUCAAUUUUGACUAAUCAGUAUACAUUUGUACCUAAACAAGAUGAAUGAGCCAACAGUUUUGGCUUAAAAUUACAUAUUCAUUAAUUUAAUAUUUAUAUACUACUAAUACUAUUUAAUUUAGUGAUAUAACGAAUACAUUUGGCGACCUAAUGGCAACUAUGUUAGACUUAAGGAGAGAGGUAGCUUUAGAUAGUAUGUCUUGAUCAAUGUAAAAUCAAUUUGAUCUCAACGUAUUCCUUGUAGCUUUUUCACCUACUCUGCCUAUUUAAGGGCAAUUUUUUCUAUACAGUUUUGAACUGUUGCAUAAAUAUUAUAUGUAUGUAAAAAUGACUUCACAUAUUUUGCGUGAUGUCUGCAAAAAUCAAAGAGCAUCAUUUUCUUACAAGAAUCAACGUUAAGAAUCGAAUUUCAGAAGCAACCAGAUUAAAUGCAACAGCGCUGAAAAGUACUUUUAGCAUUCAAUGUGGGAAAAAUCAGGUUCCCAUAACUGAAUAUUCCUUUUUUUGAAUAAUCAUUUUUGUGAUUAAUAUUUCAUCUAUAAUUUGCAUCAAUAAAAUCACUUGCUCGAGUAUA